CUACAUAGACAAAGCAGAGAAGCCAGCGACCAUGGUCCACUCCCACAUCCUCCGUCUCAGUCGCGUCUCCCCACGCUCAGAAGUGGAAGCGUUUUUAAGCUGGCGUGUGUGCGAGGUCUGAACUCUGGACGCGCGCAGAGCUCCCAGAGCGCGGCAGCGGCGGAAGGCGCGAAACCCCUUUGACCAGAGCCAAGCAACAAGGACACCCAAUCCGGUUGGUACCGGUGCGAGCUGGGGAUCAUGGUGAAGGAAGAGGAGGUCAUGGCGGAGGCCGGAGGGAGGGGGUACCUGGACAUGCUUGGCCUCGGGGAGGAGGCCAUGGCCGACUACUUCCUCUGCCUGUCCCCGUCCACCUCGUCCCACCUCUCGUCCGCCGCCGUCUCCACCACCACCACCAGCGCCAGCACUCAUGCGGUCGCUUCUCCCACCUGCGCCUCCUACCUGCAGCCUCCUCCGGCGGCGCCGUGUCACCAGGUCCUGAGCUUCGGCGGCCGGGCGGAGCAGCAGUACCACGGCGGCGACGUCUUCGGGUUCCAGUACUACUACUACGGCGGCGCCCACGCGGUCCCGGUGGCUGUCCCGCAGAAGUCAAGCCCGACCACCGACUGCUCCUCCUCCAUCUCCUCCAUGUCGUCCUCGCCCACGGCCACCGCCGCCUCGGCCAUCUCCACCUCCAAGCCACAGCCCGCCAAGAAGAGGGGAUCAAGAGGCAGCAGCGAUCCCAGAAAGGCCGCUCCAGCUGCCACCUCAAACAAGAGACCCAGGGCGAGGAAGGAGCGGCUCGGGGAGAGGAUCCUGGCGCUGCAGCAGCUGGUUUCUCCGUUCGGGAAGACCGACACGGCUUCCGUCCUGCACGAGGCGCUCGGCUACAUACGCUUCCUGCACGACCAGGUUCAGGUCCUCAGCUCGCCGUACAUGCAGCGCCUGCCGCCCUCCUCCGCGCCGCCCGCCCCACUCCCGGAGGAGGCGGUGGUGGAGCCGGGCGAUCUGCGGAGCCGGGGGCUGUGCCUGGUGCCGGUAUCCUGCACCGACCACGUCGCCGGCGGCAGCGGCAACGGCGCCGACGUGUGGUCGUCGGUGCCGGCGAUGGGCAUGCCGGCGACGGCGGAGGAGGAGUACGCGGUCGCUGCCGGGAUGCUGCGCGGGGACCGGGAGCAUCCUCCUAGCAGGCGGCUGGCCUAGCUUAGCUCCAGUUGCAUUUACAGCUUCACCUUGGUUUACUACUCUAGAGUACUUCAGGUCGUAGGCUCCUCGGGGUUAAUCCGUGGUAGGACUCCAUGAGCUUCUUUUUGCCGUUCUUUUGGAGGCGCUCUGUGGGUGCACGGGCCGUGGCCGUGAUCCAUGUAACCAUGUUCCGGCAGAAAGGUGGCUCGAACCAAGUGUGCAUAUGCAGCGGUGUUUCCGA